AAGAGUAGUCUUUAACGUUGGGAUCAGAUGAGUACAAGGCAGCACUACAGGUGAUCAGACUGUCAGCAUUACAGCAGACACACACAGAACCAGAUGGAGCACAGAGAGGAGGCUGAGGGUGAAACCAGAGUUUUAUAAAGUGAUCCACAAUGGCCACAAUUAAUAAAACGCACCUGUUGGAAACUCUGGAGCAGCUCGGGGAAAAGGAGCUGAAGACGUUUAAAUGGUACCUGCAGGAUAAAGUUCUGGAUGGGUUUGAUCCCAUCCCAAAGAGCAGCUUGGAGGGACCUGCCAGAACAGACACAUUGGAUAGGAUGGAGGAGACAUACACACUGGAAGGAGCUCUGAAGAUCACUGUGGAGAUCCUGAGAAAGAUGGAUCAGAAUAAUCUUGCUGAGCGGCUGAUGGGUGUCAGUGGUGCUGAGGAGGCUGGUGGGAACAGUUCAACUUCCUGUCUUCCUCAGGAAGUCCAGGGUUCCUCCAACACGACUGAGACUGGAGGCCAUGCUGCUGCUCCUGGUGGAAACCCCUCAGAGCCUCAUGCAGCUACUCAUCUGUCCUCCAAUAAAGCUCAGGAUGGCAGCAUCGUCGUGGCUCCAGUGUUAAACGCAGAUGUUGGAGGCAAUGUAACCUACAAUAUAACCACCAUUAAUAACAUGAACACUGAGGACCAUCAGAAAAAAGAGGAAGCAUCCCUGAUCCCACAGCAAAGCACCUCCUCACCAACACAACUCUAUGAAGACAAAGAGCGAGAGACAAACAGGAGUGGUGAAGACAAUGGUGUUCUUGAAUUAAUCGAUCGUUUCAAACUGAAACUGAAAGAAGAGUUUCAAGAAGUUUUUGAGGGCAUAGCUAAAAAAGGAAACGCAACUCUUCUCAAUAAGAUCUACACAGAUCUCUACAUUACAGAGGGUGAGAGUGGAGAGGUCAAUCAAGAACAUGAGGUGAGACAGAUUGAGACAGCAUCCAGGAAAUCAGCAAAAACAGAAACUGCCAUCACAUGCAACAACAUCUUUAAACCCUCAGCUGGACGAGACACACGUAUCAGAAUUGUUCUGACAAAAGGAGUUGCUGGCAUCGGAAAAACUGUCUCUGUGCAGAAGUUCAUCACAGAUUGGGCUGAGGGACUAGCCAAUCAGGAAAUCCAGUUCAUCUUUCCUCUCCCGUUUCGAGAGCUGAAUUUGUUGGAUAGAGAAAAGUUCAGUUUGAUGGGUCUUCUACGUUACUUUUCCAUGGAAAUGAGAGGAUAUGGAAUCUCCAAUUACAACGUUCUGUUUGUCUUUGACGGUCUGGAUGAGUGUCGACUGCCCUUAGCCUUCAAGAAGAAUAAGAGGUGCUGUGAUGUCACAGAGUCCACCUCAGUGGAUGUGCUGCUGACCAACCUGAUCAGAGGAAACCUGCUUCCCUCUGCUCUCAUCUGGAUCACCACUCGACCUGCAGCAGCCAAUCAGAUCCCUUCGGAUUGUGUUAACCGGGUGACAGAGGUACGAGGGUUCAAUGACCCACAGAAGGAUGAGUACAUCAUGAAGAGAUGCAGUGAUGAGAUCCUGGCCAAGAGAAUCAUCUCACACAUCAAGACAUCAAGGACUCUCUACAUCAUGUGCCACAUUCCAGUCUUCUCCCUAAUGUGUGUGACUGUCCUAGAGCACAUGCUGAAAACAGAGAAGAAAGAGAAGUUGCCCAAGACCCUGACUGAGAUGUACACACAGUUUCUGGUGUUGCAGACCAUACAAAAGAAAGUGAAGUAUGCUGGGAAAACUGAGACAGAUUCAGACUGGGAUGAAGACAGCAUUCAGAGUAUUCAGUCACUGGCAAAACUGGCCUUCCACCAUCUGAUCAAAGGCAACCUGAUUUUCUAUGAGAAAGACCUGACAGAGUGUGGAAUUGAUGUCCGUGAUGCCUCAGCGUACUCAGGAGUGUUCACACAGAUCUUCAGAGAGGAUCGUAAAGUCUUCCAGAAGAAGGUGUUCUGCUUUGUCCAUCUGAGCUUUCAGGAGUUUCUGGCUGCUGUGUUUGUGUUUCUCUCAUUCAUCAACAACGAUGAGAAUCUGAUGUCUAAGAAUCCAGUACCUUCCAGUUCCAACAAACUGUUGGCUCUUUUCAGAGAGAAACCAGAAGUCCGAUUCUACAAGAGUGCUGUGGACAAGGCCUUGCAGAGUAAGAAUGGACAACUGGACCUUUUCCUCCGCUUCCUCCUGGGCCUCUCAAUGGAGUCCAACCAGACUGACUUACGAGGCCUACUGAAUCAGACAAGAAGCAACACACAGAGCCAUGAGAAAACAGUCAAGUACAUCAAAAAGAAGAUCAGAGAGAAUUCCUCUCCAGAGAGAUGCAUGAAUCUGUUCCACUGUCUGAAUGAACUGAAUGACCAUUCUCUGGUGGAGGAGAUCCAACACUACCUGAGCUCAGGAAGUCUCUCCAGUGAGAAGAAGCUCUCAUCUACACAGUGGUCAGCUCUGGUCUUUGUGUUGCUGACUUCAGAAGAGAAGAUGGACGUGUUUGACCUGAAGAAAUACUUCAGAUCAGAGGAAGGUCUUCUGAGGCUGCUGCCAGUGGUCAAAGACUCCAAAACUGCUCUGCUGAAUGACUGUAACCUCUCAGAACGGUGCUGUGAAGCGCUGGCCUCAGCUCUCCCCUCCUCAGAUCUGACAGAGCUGGACUUGAGUAACAACAACCUGGGGGAUUCAGGCAUGAAGCUGCUCUCUGCUGGACUGGGGAAUCCACUCUGCAAGCUGGAGACACUGAGGCUGUCAGGCUGUCUGGUCACAGAGGAAGGCUGUGCUUCUCUGGCCUCAGCUCUGAGGUCCAACCCCUUCCACCUGAGGGAACUGGACCUGAGCUACAAUCAUCCAGGAGAAAAAGGAUUGAAGCUGCUCUCUGCUGGACUGGAGGAUCCACACUGCAGACUGGAGAAACUCAAUGUGGAUCAUGGUGGAGAGUGCUGGAUCAAACCUGGCCUUUUGAAGGCCUGGAGACAUGCCUGUGAGCUCACACUGGACCCAAACACAGCAUACAGAAACCUCUCUCUGUCUGAGGAGAACAGAAAGGUGACAUGGAGGAGAGAGGAGCAGCCGUAUCCUGAUCACCCAGAGAGAUUUGAGGACUGUCCACAGGUGCUGUGUAGAGAGGGUCUGUCUGGGCGCUGUUACUGGGAGGCAGAGUGGAGUGGAGGAGGGGUUUCUAUAGCAGUGACAUAUAAAGGAAUCAGCAGGAGAAGAGAGGGUUAUGACUGUGAUCUUGGACACAAUAACAAGUCCUGGAGUCUGGAGUGUCAUGAUAACAGUUACUCUGCCUGGCACAAUAAGAAGAGCACUGCCAUACCUGCCCCCCCCUCCAGCUCCCACAGAGUAGGAGUGUAUCUGGACUGGCCGGCCGGCACUCUGUCCUUCUACACAGUCUCCUCUGACACACUGACCCACCUGCACACAUUCCACAGCACAUUCACUGAGCCCCUCUAUCCUGGGUUCUGGGUUCAUGACUCCUCAGUGUCCCUGUGUCAGGUAGAAUAGCCCACACACACUCUCACACACUGUGCUCACAUAGAUGUCAUUGAAGAUUGAACUGUACAGUUGGAAUUGAUAUCCCAGAGUGUUUGUAAAUAUUGCUGUGUAGAAUGUUUGUUUUGUUUUAACCUUUAGAUGUAAAUAUUACUGAUAUUAAAUAUUAUUAAUAUCUCUAAAUAUUACCGACGCUUCCACCAGAGUGAGUUAUUUUUCCAAAACGGAAGCUAGCUAGCUUUAGUUAGCUUCCGUUACCUAGCAACCUAGCAUAAUACUCGUAGCAAUGCUACUACCUGCUAGUGUUACUUGUUAGCCUCCUAAUUGUACAUUUUGAAGCCGUACUACAGCGUUUGUCAUGUCGUUUUUGUCUGUCGGAAAAUAGUCGGUUGGAAUGUUCAGAAUCACACGUGUGACGUUACUCUGUGGGGCUUUCGAACUAUCGCACACGUGUGAUGCUGCUCCUUAACGGGUUAAUUGUUGACAAACAACAAUCCUGUCUUUGAUCUCAGUCCCACUGAAUGUGAUGAACUAAAUAGUGUCUUAGUGACUAAAUAAGGAGAAAUAAAGAUGUUUUAUACAGGA